AUGAGGAGCGGGGGGCGGCUGCCGGCGCUGGCGCCGGUGCUGGCGGCGCUGCUGGGGCUGUGCAGCGCCGAGCGCAGGGCGCUGGUGCUGCCGCGGCGCCUGGGCGCGCCCGGCGCCCGAGAGCGCUUCCGCCUGGAGGCCUUCGGGGAGAGCCUGACGCUGGAGCUGGAGCCCGACAGCAGCUUCCUAGCCCCGGACUUCACCCUGCAGUACCUGGGCGGGCCGCCGCCGCCGCCCGAGGACGACCUCUCCCGCUGCUUCUACUCCGGCACCGUGAACCGGGACCCCAGCUCGGCGGCCGCGCUCAGCCUGUGCGCGGGGCUGCGCGGCGCCUUCUCGCUGCGGGGCCGCCAGUACCUGAUCCAGCCCGCGCCCGGCACCGCGCACCUCCACGGGCCGCACCUCCUGCGCCUCCGCGGCGCCCCGCGGGCCGCCCCCGCCGCCCGCUGCGCUGUAGCCGAGGCGGGGGCCGGGGCGGAGCGGCCCGAGCCGGCCGAGCCCGCAGAAACGAGAAGCAGGAGGAAGAAGAGGUUCGUGUCCAGCCCCCGCUACGUGGAGACCAUGCUGGUGGCCGACCAGUCCAUGGCUGAGUUCCACGGCAGCGGGCUGAAGCACUACCUGCUGACCCUGCUCUCCGUGGCCGCCAAGCUGUACAAGCACCCCAGCAUCCGCAACUCCAUCAGCCUGGUGGUGGUGAAGAUCAUGGUCAUCUACGAGGAGCGCAAGGGCCCCGACAUCUCCUCCAACGCCGCCCUGACUCUGAGGAACUUCUGCAGCUGGCAGAAGCAGCACAACCCGCCCAGCGACCGGCACGCCGAGCACUACGACACGGCCAUCCUCUUCACCAGGCAGGACCUGUGCGGUGCCAAGACAUGUGAUACUCUUGGGAUGGCUGAUGUGGGAACAGUUUGUGAUCUAAACCGCAGUUGCUCUAUCAUAGAAGACGAUGGUUUGCAGGCUGCCUUCACAACAGCCCACGAAUUAGGCCACGUGUUUAACAUGCCUCAUGACGAUGCAAAGCAGUGUGCUGGCAUCAAUGGAAUGAGCCGGGAUUUCCACAUGAUGGCAUCCAUGCUCUCCAACCUGGACCGCAGCCAGCCCUGGUCUCCAUGCAGUGCCUACAUGAUUACAACAUUUUUGGAUAACGGUCAUGGGGAGUGCUUGUUGGACAAGCCCCACAGGCCCAUCCAGCUGCCCUCAGACUUGCCUGGCACGCUGUACGAUGCCAACAGGCAGUGCCAGUUCACGUUUGGAGAUGAGUCGAAGCACUGCCCCGACGCAGCCAGUACGUGCACGACGCUGUGGUGCACGGGCACCUCGGGAGGGCUGCUGGUGUGCCAAACCAAACACUUCCCCUGGGCAGACGGCACCAGCUGCGGCGAAGGGAAGUGGUGCAUGAAUGGCAAGUGUGUGAAUAAGACUGAGAAGAAGCACUAUGAUACGCCAGUGCACGGGGGCUGGGGCUCCUGGGGGGCGUGGGGCGAGUGCUCGCGGAGCUGCGGCGGGGGAGUGCAGUAUUCCUUCCGGGAAUGCGACAACCCCGUCCCGAGGAACGGGGGCAAGUACUGCGAAGGGAAGCGGGUGCAGUACAGGUCCUGCAACAUCGAGGACUGCCCCGACAACAACGGCAAAACGUUCAGAGAGGAACAGUGUGAAAAGCACAAUGAGUUUUCCAAGUCUGCCUUUGGAAGUGGACCUGCAGUGGAGUGGACACCCAAGUUCGCUGGUGUGUCUCCAAAGGACAGAUGCAAGCUGGUUUGCAGGGCCAAAGGAACGGGAUACUUCUUUGUUCUACAGCCAAAGGUGGUGGAUGGGACCCCGUGCAGCCCCGACUCCACGUCCGUCUGCGUGCAGGGGCAGUGCGUGAAGGCCGGCUGCGAUCGCACCAUCGGCUCCAACAAGAAGUUCGACAAGUGCGGCAUCUGCGGGGGCAACGGCUCCACCUGCAAGAAGGUGUCUGGCACCCUCGUUAGAGCCAAACCUGGCUACCACGACGUGGUCACCAUCCCGGCGGGGGCCACCAACAUCGAGGUGAAGCAGCGGAACCACCGGGGUGCGCGGCACGACGGCAGCUUCCUGGCCAUCAAAGCCGCCGACGGCACCUACGUGCUCAACGGCGACUAUACGCUGUCCACGCUGGAGCAGGACAUCACCUACAAGGGCAGCGUGCUGCGCUACAGCGGCUCCUCGGCCGCCCUGGAGCGCAUCCGCAGCUUCAGCCCGCUGAAGGAGCCGCUGACCAUCCAGGUGCUGACGGUGGGGGACCUGCCGCAGCCCAAGAUCAAGUUCACCUACUUCGUGAAGAAGCCGGCGCAGCCCGGCGCGGACAAGGCGGCGGCAGUGGUGGGCAAGAAGAAGGAAUCCUUCAACGCCAUCAGGGAGAUCAUCUCCUCGGAGUGGGUGAUCGAGGAGUGGGGCGAGUGCUCCAAGUCGUGCGGCUCGGGCUGGCAGCGGCGCGCCGUGGAGUGCCGGGACCCGCGGGGCCGGCCGGCCGCCGACUGCGCCCGCGAGCUGAAGCCCAGCAACCUGCGGCCCUGCGCCGACGUGCCCUGCCCGCAGUGGCAGCUCGGGGACUGGUCCCCCUGCUCCAAGACGUGUGGGAAAGGCUUCAAGAAGAGGUUGUUGAAAUGUGUCUCUUCUGACGGCAGCGUGCUGCCCCAAGAAAGCUGUGAGCCCUCCAAGAAACCCAAGCACCUGAUAGACUUCUGCAACGCCACGGACUGCAGCUAGAUAGGACGGCUUGGGAAAAGCUAAAACUUUUUUUACAAUUAUUAUUUUAUUUUAUUUUUUUCCUUCAGACCAGUGCACUGAAAAACACAAAAGAGGGCUAGAGGCAGCACCCGUGUUUUUGCGUAAAUAAUUCACGGUGAAGAUCUGUUGAGGUGGGACAGCGCAAACAGCUUGAAUUGGCUUUGCAUCCCAAAAAUCCCCUGCCAGCUGAAAAUUGGAUGGGAUAGCAGACCCAUGUCAUUCAUUUCUCUUUAGCAGAUAAGGCCCAAAGGCAUCAGAAUUUCCUUUUUAAAAGUCUGUUAUGAAUUAAGCCAAACAUGAGCAGUGAGACACAUUUCAGCAAACAUUUUGGGGUUUGGCUAUUUCUCCCUUCUUUUGGAUUUAUCUUGUGGUACUGAUCAAAUCCCCACGUGUAGGAAGGGGAGGGAAAAAGAUAGCUUAAAAUAAUUGGUCAGGGCUUACCUACCUCACAAAGGGCAAAAAACAAGAUUGGAAAAGGAGCUUUAACUAUGUCAUUCAUGGCUGCUAUUGUUUCAGAGAAUAGUUUUAUAUAAAAAUAAAGCCAUAUUCUCUACCUGUUAAGAGUAAGAAAUACCAAGAACAAAUAUCAACUCCACAAAUCACUAGAAUUUCAUUUUUUUUUUAAGUACUUUUAUGUCAUCCCAAUGUGCCUGUCCAUUUCUCUCAGCCACUCCAGUGCCAUUGUGGUGAUAUGUGUAAUCCAGAGGCUUGGAAAAGUGGAAAUCUGAGUCUGAGUAGUUGCUCUUUGUGCCUUCUGCAUAUACCUUCCACUGGCUUUUCUGAUUCCAGCUUGGUCCUGCCUUCCUGCCAAACAGAUCCAUGGAGUGUGUGAGCAUUCCAGUCGUGUCUUCACACUCCAAUCUUUGGCCUUACCCCAGCCAAUGGAUAUUAUUUAAGUUCAAAAGAACAAAAAAAAAAAAAGAGUCCCAUUAGGAAUGAGUAUGUCCUCUGUGGCCUCUGGUGGGUCUGUAGAGCUCAGUCACUGAUCAGGUGGGAAGGCAAAGCUGAGGGAUAGCAGGUCCAUCCACAGCGAAACGCCAGCAUUCACAUCAUUGAAGAUUGUGCCAGUCCAUAGACCAUGAGAGAAUAUGGCUUUCCAUAUGUAUAUAGUAAAAUAUAUUACUAUAGAUUUUAUAUACUUCAUAAGUAUUUUAUAUUUCUCUCCCUUCUGGGAAGGGUUAUAAUUUGUAAUAAAUGCAUAUAAUGAGCGUAUUUAUUUUUAUACUUCUUGUCUAAUGUGAUCUUCUAAGUUAUCGCUUUUUUAAAAGGACAUAUAACAAGGAUAGAGUAUUUAUACAGUAUAAUAUGUUACUAGAGGUAAUAAAUGAACCCUAUAAAUUUUGGAAA